AUGGCAGCCUCCAACUAUGUCACCAGGCAGUACGCCUCUGAAGCUUUUGUAGAGAGCUGUGGCGCAAUCCCCUUCGACUUGUCCCAAGACCCGGCAAGGGUCUGCCUGAUUCAUUACCUAUCCACAGACGAAUGGCUCCUGGCCAAGGGCAGACGCAAUUGCGGCGAGUCGAGGCAUGAGGCAGCCUUACGAGAGGUGCUUGAGGAGACGGGCUUCCGCUGCCGACUUCUGCCUGUUGAUAUGGCCACGCGGGCGACGGGACCGGAUGACGAUGCGAAUGUCCCAGAUCAAGCAGCCGCGCGUCGAGGACUCACGGAGCCGUUUAUGCUGACGAUGCGAGACGUUGAUGGGGGAUCUGGGGUGAAACUCAUCUGGUGGUAUGUCGCGACUCUUGAGAAGGGAACUGCGGAAGAGGCGGUCGGUGGGGAGGCUCAGUUUAGUGCGAGCUUCUUUGGUCUUGAUGAAGCUGUACAGAGACUGACCUUUGAGGACGACCGAAACGUUCUGAGGAAGGCCAUCCAAAUCGACAACGUGGCUGGGGGCCUGGGGCUGUCGUCACCUUCCCCCAGCACGGAUAAGGCGCAGGCUCGAGCUGAUAAGGCCAGCUGGUGCAGGUGCAGCUGGGGGGCGCAACUGCGUGACUGCCCGCGCGGCGUAAGAGCUGAAUCUGGAAACUGGCAGGAGGGCACCUCGAGCUUCGUAACCUUCCCGCACUUUCAACUUGGAAAUAGCUUCAUUCCUCGGCUUGCUUAUACCCAUCUCACCCCUUCCCAUCGCCGAGCUUCGUUUCAAACGGAUCCGGCCUCUCCAUCGGAGCUUCAUCCGAUUCUAUUCUCCCCCUUCCACCUCCCUCACACCAACCACAUCACAACUUCUCUACACAUCAGAAUACGCUGGAAGCUCGACUUCCCAUCCGGCACCAUGACUGCGUGGAACGUAUUUCGUUUCAUGGGAGACAUCUCCCAUCUCCUCUCCAAAUGCAUCCUGAUGAUUGCGAUACAUCGCAACAGGAGUGCUGAAGGUGUCUCCCUCAUCACCCAGGGUCUGUACGCCUUGGUCUUCUGCACGCGCUACCUCGACAUCUUCUCCGAACAAUCAGCAUGGAACUUCAUCUUCAAGAUAUUCUACAUUUCAUCAUCCUUCUACAUCAUCGGGGCCAUGCAGUGGAUCUUCCCCCGCACCAGAGAACGUGAGCUCUCGUGGAAGGUCGGCGCCGGCGUCUUCGGCCUCUCGCUCGUCUUGUCUCCCUUUGCCAUGCUCAUCUUUGAGAGCUGGUGGAGCUUCCGCGUCUGGCUUUGGGACUUCAGCCAGAUCCUCGAAUCCAUCUGCGUCCUGCCCCAGCUGCUCCUGCUUCGCCAGACCACCGUUCCGACCGUCAUCGACUCCUUCUACCUCGUCACUCUUGGCUCGUACCGUGGAUUAUACCUGAUCGGAUGGAUCACGCGUGAGCUCGACAUCAACGACAAGGCGCCAAACACGGUCUCCGUCAUCUUCGGCAUUAUCCAGACGGCGCUGUAUGUCGACUUCGCCUGGGUAUACUACACUCGCCAACGCGUCAAGCUCCGCAACGGUGGCAUUGUUGAUGCCGACGACCUGCGUAGAGGCUGGCUGCUCAACAGAAUCUUUGGAAAGCGCAUUGAUGCCCACUCCGACGACGAGGAGAGCGCCCCUGCUCUCGGCGACGAAGAUGGCCAGGGCCGCCGCGGUGGUGGACGGCCCAAGUGGGGUGCCCGUGGCAUCUCAGUCAGCGCAGAUGAGGGUGUUCUGGAUACCGACCGGGACAACCAGCGCCGGGAUGAAGAGCUCGAGGAGGGUGUCAUUGACCCCGAUGCCAAGAUGCAGGAUCCCGACGAGCUCGCCCGUGUGCUGGACGAUGAUGAUGACGACGAUACGAACAAGGCGUCCGGAAGCAAUGGCACACCCGCCGGGAUCGACAACGGUUCUGAGUGGCGCAACUAG